UGUGUGCAUUAUUCAUUACAGGAAUGGGGCUCCCUCGAGAACUCCACAACGUGUUACGUCCGAAGUUACAGGUAAUAAUUUCACCGACCAUCGAGAGUAUCUCAUUAAUAAUUAAAAACUCAGGUCAAUAAACGAUAAGACCAAUAUUUAUUGCCAGUGAGAACGUGAGAUAGUUUGAUAAAAAGAGUAAACAUUGAGAGAGACGUGCAUCGGUCGAUACGACACAGCAGAAAUAGUCAGCCGGUGAGAUCACUAAGCUAGUCACAAUGCUGAAGACAAUCUCGUUAAUCGUCCCAUUGAUGCUAAUUGCAUCAAUCCCACUGCUUAAUGGUGAACUUGUUGAGCAGAAGUGCCCAGUCGACUGUGACUGUCACUAUUUUCGCAUCAACUGGGUAACAGACUGUUCCGAGAGUAAUCUGACUUCUGUACCAUAUGACGAGUUGAGUCCAAAUGUCUACAUACUCGAUAUGAACGGUAACAACGUAGAGCACUUGAGCCCAUUCCCAGACGACAUCAAACUUCGCAGACUGCAGAUGGCACACAAUCGUCUCACUGAGUUGACUUACGACUCAUUUGCUGGACUCACAUAUCUCCUCGAUGCUGAUUUCUCAUACAAUAUGAUCACCCGUGUUGAUCCCGAGGCUUUCAGGGACAGUCCGGGUCUGAUAACUCUGGAGCUUCAGAAUAAUCCCCUGAGUGAAGUAGAGGGCCAUUUCCUCAACUGUCGAACUCUCCUGUACCUAGACUUGAGCACCUGUGGAAUUCGCCGUUUGAAUAAUCAAUUCUUCCACAACACGACCAAUUUGAAUAAACUGGAUUUAUCGGGGAAUCCACUUGAACGAAUUGCUCCAGGCCCUUUCGAUCAUCUCACUAAUCUGGAGUAUUUAAAGCUCAACAAUUGCACCUUGAGUUACAUCUCGCCUGAAGCGUUUACCCACUUGGAGAAUCUCCGAGAAUUGGAUAUGUCGAACAAUAGCUUGAAGUCAAUCACCUGGACAAGUGUAUUAGCUCCUCUUAUUCGUCUUGAGAAUUUCAACAUUGGCAAUACGGGAAUAACCAAUUUACCAGCUGAUGCAUUCGCAAAAAAUCUAUAUCUUCGUCAUCUUGUACUAUCUCUCAAUGAACUACAUCAUUUGGAUAUUGAAAAUACUCUUGGCCAUAACCUUCAUAAUCUCCAGACCCUUGAUCUCUCAAACUGUGCCCUCCAAGAUCGCUUGUCCGAAGAGACUUUCAGAAAUUCGAGUAAACUUCGUGUUUUGAAUUUAAGCGGCAAUCCUAUGUUCGCCGGUGACUUAACAGCAGUACUCCGGCAUCUACCAAAACUUCAUAAACUUUCAUUAAGUAAUUGCAGCCUCCGGAGAUUACCAGAUGCCUUCGAUGUGCUGGAACACCUCCAGGAACUCGACAUAUCCCACAAUCCUCUAUCAGAUGCCUUCGUUAAGCUACUCAAUCCCUUGAGAUCACUCGAGUAUUUGGACAUGUCUUAUUGCAGUCUUGGAUAUGUUGGUAACAAUACUUUCGCUCACAUGACAGAGCUAAAGAAACUCAUUUUAUCAGGCAAUAAAUUGCACACACUUGAUGCGGAUCUUUUUGCCAACUUAACGAGACUGGAGAGUCUUGAAUUGAACAAUUGUGGUUUUACAACUCCCCUAGAUCCGAAAGUAUUCGGUAAAGAGAGAAUUUACUCGAGCGUUAUUGAGCUUAAACUCAGUGGAAAUCCACUAACAAUACCUGAUGAAGGAUCACUUCUACCGAAACAAUUAUCCAACGUUGAGAUAUUGGAUUUGAGCAAUUGCAAUAUAGUGGAGCUUAAUGAGAACGUUCUCUCGCGGAACAAAAAUCUGUCACAAUUGAAUUUAUCUAACAACAAGAUAUCGGAUCUCAAUUUUUUGAAGAAAUUACGAAGACUGGAGCAUUUGGACCUCAGUAAUAAUCAAAUAAGGACCGUAAACCCUAAGAUGUUGAGAUCCAACACUCAUCUACUGUCGUUGAAUCUAAUUGGCAAUCCGUUUGUCUGUAAUUGCUCGAUUGUGGAAAUGUGGGACUGGGCGGUACAGGAGAAGAAUGAUUUGCAUGUAUUAACUGGCAGUCAACCAAGUGAAUUCGCUACGGGUGCAGUUAAACUGAGAAAAAGUUUGAGUUGCACUUAUGACGAUGAAACUUACAGAAAUAUUAUGAAUCAAAGGCCAUUGCUGAGGAAAGGGGAUCUCUCGCCACACAGAACUUGGGCCAAGUAUAUUCGAGAGUCCAAUUGCGACAGGAGAGCAUGAUAUAAGGGGUUUCAGCAUCCUGCAGUAAAUACUAUUCAGGACAUACUCCAUCGGAAUAGAGUAGAACUUUGAAUUUUUAUUACUUGUAUCAAUGUUACUAUUGACUCUCAAUCAUCCUUUAUUUUUGGUUUUAUUCAUUCAGUAAUUAAGAGGUGAAACAAUGUUAGAUGAUUUAUUGUUGAUAGCUACAAUCACGCAAUCAUCGCGAAAUUUCAGAGUUUAAAGUUUAGAGUCAACUGUAUAAACUGUCAAAGCACGAAUUCGAAGUUUAUCGAUACUCUUUGCAGGAUGCUGUUUAUUUUGUCCUAGUCUAUUUGAGAUUCUCCAGAAAACCAAUGAUGAAAUUGUUUAUAUAUUCUACUUAUCACCAUCGAUUGGUCGUUUAUUUGAUUAUCAAUGGCUUUCAGUUCAGCCAAUAAUGUGUGCUCUCAAUGUAGGUGGCUUUCGGUUAUCGGAAAAAGGGUGCUAGCAAUUUCAUGACUCCAAUAAUCGGGCAUACAUGAUGAAUAAUAUUGGAGUUGUCUGAUUCAAGCAUCGAUUAAUGUACUGCCUUUACUAAUAUCGAAAAUUCAACCACGUGCCAUUUAUAACCCAUUGGUUUUUUAAAUUAUUUAUUGUGGUUUAUAGGAAAUUGUGUGAUAAGUGAUGGCUAAAAAAUCAAGAACAACCAUUGAUGCCAAAUUUUUCUAAUCAAAAUAAACGAAAGUUGAGAUGUAAAAUCAAUAUCAACCACGAUGAGACAACAAAGCACAUGUGAAUGAUCUUUUUUAUUGUAUUAUUGUAUUGCAGGAGAACAAAUGCUUUAGUAUUCACUAUCGUCGUUACUAACGAUUGAUAAUGUCUUCCCCUCUCCCAUUGUCUACCAUUAUGACACUCAGCCUAUUGUGAUGUAAUAAAGAACAUUUCGAUAAUUAUUA